AUAUGGUAAUAUAAGAUAAGACAAUAUAUAACAUCAUAAUAUAGGCCUAUUAUUAAUUAUCUAGCAUUAUGUAUUGGAGAAACAGUUGGUCGGAGGGACAAAUGUAUCCUUCGUGUAUGCAUCUCACACUUGACGAAGGUAUGCUUGUUUCUCACGACUUAUACUCGCCUGUUCAAUACAUUAAACAAUUUAUAUAUCAUCAAGUUUGUUAUCAACAUGAAAUUCCUAUGUUAAAUACUAAUACUGGAUUAGUUAUAGAUAAAUUCAGUCAACCAUUACCUAUAGUUAAAGAAUCAUGGCGAGAUUUUACUAGAAAUAAUGCUCGAGGUUCAUUUGCUUAUAGUGUUGUAUCAAUAAUUUAUGCAUUAUCAGUUCUGGGAGUUAUUACUUGGUUUUUAACAAUAUUUGUAUUAACAAAUUAUACUAUUAGACCAUCAAUAAUUUUACAAGCUUCAACAUUAUUAUCAUCAGUAUAUAUUCUUGUUGUGGUUAUAAAAUCCAUAAUAAUUUUACAUGAUCAACAACGUGAUGGUUACCUUCAUGGAGCUAAAUUACUUGAUAAUAUUAAUGCUAAUAGUGCUGUAAAUAUUCUUGAUCUAAUAGUAGUAUUAUUAUUACAAAUUAAUCAAGUUCAAGUAAUUAUGAGAAUCUUUCUGAGACAAAGAGAUAAAAGAUUAACAUUUUUAGUUGGAUUAGUGGCAUCAAUAACUUCUCAAGUUAUUUGGGCAGUAACUAAAUUUCAUACAUUUCCUGAUAAUAAUGAAGCUGGUGAUAUAUUACCUGCAUUUAUUUAUCUUGUUAGAAUUGCUAUGGGAUUAUGUUAUGCUGCUAUAAUAUCGGGAUUUCAAAUUAGUAAGAUUCAUUAUAUCAUUGCUAAUAAAAGUAUUUGGUUAAUAUCAUUAUUAACAUUUAUUUUAAUUUAUAGCCCCGUAGCAUUUUUCAUUGCUGAUGUUUCAAAUGCCUUUGUAUAUGAAUUAUCAGAAAUAUUCUCAGUAGUAACUUAUGUUAUUUGUGUGGUAAUACCUUGGGAAUGGUGUAAUAAAUUUAAUGUUAUAAUGAAACUAAAAGAGAAAGAAGGAGUAUUAGGAAGAAGAUUUUAUGAAGAUGAAUUAUAUGAACUCGAUAGAUUCGAGUUAUUUGUAGAGGAAGAUACUGAUAUUGAUGAACAAAAUAGUAAUGAUAAUGACAAUGAUGACAAUGAUAAUGAUAAUAGUCAUGAUCAUAAUGAUAAUAGUAAUGAAAAUUCACAGGAUAAUAAUAAUGAUGGUGAUAGACAAAUUGAAGGAGAUUCUGAUAAUAAUCAAGAUACUCCAUUCACAAGAGCAAAGAAGGUUCUCGAAGCAUUAAAUAAAACAAAAAAUGCAUUUAUAAGUAUAACCGAUGGAAUUAUUGCAGCUGGUUUUGCAAUACCUCGAUCGGUAAGUAUAUCAACCUCUAAUGAAGCAAAAAGUAGAAAUAAUCAUAUGGAAGAGAUAGCAGCACAAUUAUCUAAUUCUCGAUUUAUUCAACCAACUAAUGAAACUACAGCUACAGCUACAGUAUCUAAUGUUGAAACUAAUACUACUGUCCAACAAGCUCAACCAUCAGGUACCCGUAAUAGACGGAAUGUAUAUGUGUAUUCUAGAAAAGAGGUAGUUAUAGAUUUCUCUGAUGAAGAAUAAAUAAAUAUAUAUG